ACCCCUCUCCAUCCCCAUUUAGGCUUCGCCUUCCCGGACUGGGCGUACAAGGCGGAGUCGAGCCCCGGCUCCCGGCAGAUCCAGCUGUGGCACUUCAUCCUGGAGCUGCUCCGGCAGGAGCGGUACCGGGAGCUCAUCGCCUGGCAGGGGGAUUACGGGGAAUUCGUCAUCAAGGACCCCGAUGAGGUGGCCCGGCUCUGGGGGGUGCGCAAGUGCAAGCCCCACAUGAACUACGACAAGCUCAGCAGGGCGCUCAGGUACUACUACAACAAGCGCAUCCUGCACAAGACCAAGGGCAAACGCUUCACCUACAAGUUCAACUUCAGCAAAGUGGUGCUGGUCAAUUACCCCCUAUUGGAGCUGGGGGGGGGCCCCCCAUUGCUGCUCAGCACCGCCCCUUUCACUGCGGGGGGGCCCGCAGCCGACUGCGCCCCAUUGACUCCUGAGGCUCUGCAGUCCCUCCUGUGCAACCCCCGCCCUGCGGACCUCCCGCCCGCUGGGGGGCGCCCUCCCCUCUUCGAGCGGGACAAGCUGCGGCUGGAGGCGGCGCUGCCCGCGCUGGGACCCGGUCUUCCCAAGGCUCCGGCGCUGUUCGGGGGGGGGUUCCCCCGCCCCCCGCUGCCCGAGUACCCGUGGGGCUGGGCCGGACCAUUCGUGCCGGGGGGGCUGGGGGUGCCCAAGCUCCCUCCCCCUCUCUACACCCCCCCCCCUCCUCCCCCU